UUGGUCAGAUGGCGUUUUCUAUUGUCAACCUUUGCCUCGUGCUGGGUCUUCUGAACGAGUGCUCUGGGAACGAGAAGGGUGAGACGAGCCUGUUGGCCAGGAUGAUUGACAGGAGUGUGGAGAGGCCGGCAGACCAACAGCUGACUGAGCAGAUAAAGUCCGAGUUGUGCAGCGCAACGCCAAAACUUGGGCGGCUUUUCCAUGUCAGGUCACCGGCUGGUCGCUACAAGUACGACUUAGAUGAGGCAAGGCACGCAUGCGCAGAGCAGGGUGCAACCCUCGCCUCCUAUCACCAGCUGUACGAAGCCUGGCAGGACGGACUGGAUUACUGCGCAUGCGGGUGGCUGUCGGACGGGACUGCCCGGUAUCCAACGCAAAUAUCCAGGCGAGGCUGUGGCGGAGUUGGCAUCAACGACUGCGAAUGGCUUACUCAGUACGACGCCUGGUGCUUCCGUGCGCUCAGCUUCUGUGACUGACACAACAUCACUGUCAUGCCAAGUGGUUUCAAAUGUGAUGACGAUGACAUUGUAACUACGGUGUCAGUAACUUACACCGUGAUUUAGCUUCGAUACCUGCAAGAUAACUGCAUUGAUCAGUAAUACUUCUUCUCACCUUCUCACCCGGCCGCCUGUAUGUAAUACUGUACCUGAUAUAAU